AUGCAUCUCAUUUUGACUUUUCAUAUCUUGAACUUUUUAAUACAAAACACGUGCCUUUACGAAAUUCUACGAAGUGAUUCGAGUCUCGAGACUGUCGAUUAUUACGACAACAUUGAUAGAAAUGACACGAGAAGGACUAAACGUGAAUUAGUCGACGAGAAUGGAUUUACGGUAUAUAACAUUGGCGUAUUGAUGGCUUCGCGCCUCAAUAGUCCCUUUGAUUUGGAACGAUGUGGACCAGCAGUCGAUUUGGGCAUUGAAGAAAUUAACAAAAAAUUUUUAAAACAUCACAAAAUUCGCUUGAGAAAAGUGCAGGAAAGCUACCCAACGUGUUCUGGCGAAAUCGCACCAGGCGUCGCCGCUGACAUGCAUUUCAAGUACGACGUCAUCGCUUAUAUCGGACCUGCUUGUGCUUUUGCUCUCGAACCUGUAGCGCAAUUAGCCUCCUACUGGAACACUCCAAUAAUCACAGGAAUGGGAGAUCAGCCACCAUCGGAAUCUGUUGCUGUCACUCCAGGUCUCCUCGGGAGUAUGCAACGGUACAACAGUUCAGACAAAUCCGGGAUUUUCAAAGACAAAUCCAAAAAUUCAACACUUACGCGGAUGUCGUACUGCCAAUGUCGCCUCAAAUCAGUGUUUGCGCGGAUUUUUCAGGAGUUUGGAUGGAAAAAUGUCGCCUUGCUCAUCGACAGGUCGGAUCUCUUCUCGUUGACCGUUGGAAAGAAUCUCGAAUAUGGACUGAAACAAGAGGGCAUAAUAACGUUCGUACGUGAACUGAAUGGCAACGAGGACGAGCCAAGUUACGAUAAAUAUCUCCUGGAUGCGCAAAUGUAUGCCCGAGUCAUAAUUUUGUCGGUACGUGGCAUGCUGGUGCGAAAAUUCAUGUUGAGUGCAUAUUUUUUGGGCAUGACGAAGGGAGAUUAUGUCUUUUUGGAUGUGGAAAUUUUUCAGAGUGCAUAUUGGGCGGAUCAUGAUUGGGACAUGGGCGACGAGUCAGAUUCGAUUGCACGGAAGGCAUACGAGUCACUUUUGCGAGUUUCGUUGCUGCAGCCGACGAGUUCGCGUUAUCAGGGCUUCUCAGAUCUUGUGAGAGCGAGGGCAAUGCAAGACUACAACUACACAUUUCUCGAAGGGGAGGAAGUUAAUUUCUUCAUUGGAGCAUUUUAUGACGGCGUUUACUUGCUUGGGAUUGCGCUGAAUGAAACUUUGACGGAAAUUGGGCGAGAAGGGCUUCGAGAUGGUCUGGCAAUCACGAAACGGAUGUGGAAUCGGGAUUUUCGAGGAAUUACGGGACAUGUGAGGAUUGACAGUAACGGAGAUCGGGAUGCGGAUUACGCGAUUAUGGAUUUGGAUCCUAUCACGGGGCGAUUUGAGGUUGUUGCGCAUUAUAAUGGACUGAAUCGGACUUACCUUCCCGUUGCUGGAAAGAAAAUUCAUUGGCCCGGCGCAAGUGACAAUCCUCCAGCUAAUAUGCCCAAAUGUGGCUUCCUCGGAAACUCUCCAGAGUGUCAGCAAAAAGAGACGAUUAUCUUUUACGGCGUUUUUGCGUUCGGAAUCAUUUCCAUCACCAUUUCUACCGUUACGUACCUUUUGUGCAAGCAGGUGAAGUUAAAUAGCGAUGUCAAUAGUAACGAAUGGCGUAUAAGACCUGAUGAGAUCCUGCUCGAGGUGAACCGAUUAUUUGGUAGCAAGGUCGGCUUACAAAAGUUAAACUACGAGUUUGGUGCGAGUUCGGGACGCGCAAGCAUCGCAAGUUGCGGCAGUCUACCGCCGACGCAGGUUUUUACGACAAUCGGCAUUUACAAGGGCGAUCGCGUAGCCAUUAAGAAAGUGACAAAAAAGAAGGUUGACAUCACAUCGACGUUGUUGUGGGAAAUAAAGCAAGCGAGAGAUGUCAGUCACGAGAAUACCGUGCGAUUUGUGGGAGCAUGCAUUGAUUUGCCACGACCUACUAUCUUGAUUCUCACGGAAUAUUGCCCGAAAGGUAGUUUAAAGGAUGUUCUGGACAACGAGGCAAUUCAAUUAGAUUGGAAUUUUCGCAUGUCUUUGAUUCAUGACAUGGUCAAGGGAAUGGCUUAUCUCCAUAAUAGUGCCAUUGGCGCCCAUGGGAAACUUCGUUCGUGCAAUUGCUUGAUUGAUGGAAGAUUUGUGUUGAAAAUCUCGGAUUUUGGAUUACCGACGUUGACAACGCCCACAACUGAUGUCAUCAAGGAUCAAGUUUAUUAUAAUAAACUUUUAUGGGUCGCUCCCGAACUUUUACAUCACACAACGUUCAUUGGUUCCCCCAAAAGCCAAAAAGGCGAUGUUUACUCAUUCGCCAUCAUCUUAGAAGAGAUCGUCGUUCGUGGAGGUCCUUACGAAGUUGCUCGUCAAACGAACGAUGUUCCCGCCAUCGUUGCUCGAAUCGCUGCCCACGAGUCUCCUCCCUUCCGCCCUUUCAUCGGGCAGCAUGAUUGUCCUCCAGAUUUGGCAGAAUUGAUGGAAAAAUGCUGGGCUGAAGACCAAGAUGAGCGUCCCUCGUUCAGUAGCAUCCGCGAUACUGUUCGUGACAUCAUGAAGGGCUUUUGUGAGAACCUAAUGGACGAUCUCUUGCAUCGCAUGGAACAAUAUGCGAACAAUUUGGAAACUUUGGUCGAGGAAAAAACGGAACAAUUGAGCAUGGAAAAGCGUCGCACCGAAGAACUUUUGUAUCAAGUACUUCCUCGUCCCGUUGCGCAACAACUUUUGGCAGGAGAAAUGGUUGAACCCGAACAAUUUGAGAGUGUCACGAUUUAUUUUAGCGAUAUUGUGGGAUUUACAGCGCUUUGUGCUCAAAGUGGUCCCAUGGAAGUUGUCAAUUUCUUGAAUGAUCUUUACAGCACUUUUGAUCGAAUAAUCGGAUUUUACGACGUUUACAAGGUCGAAACUAUCGGAGAUGCGUAUAUGGUAGUUUCAGGUUUGCCCGAAAGGAAUGGACAUGAUCAUGCCCGUGAAAUCGCAUUGAUGGCUCUCGCGAUUCUCGAAGCGAUCAAAUGUUUCACGAUCAAACACAAACCGGAUUAUCAACUGAAAAUCCGCAUUGGAAUCCACUCGGGAUCUGUUUGUGCCGGCGUUGUAGGCGUAAAAAUGCCUCAUUAUUGCUUAUUUGGAGAUACGGUGAAUACAGCAAGUCGCAUGGAGUCAACAGGUCAACCGUUGAAGAUUCAUGUCUCGGAAGCAGCUAAAAUAAUUUUGGACAAGUUCGGUACGUUCAAGUUGGAGUUGCGAGGAGAAGUUGAUAUCAAAGGGAAAGGAAAGAUGAUCUCGUAUUGGCUCACGGGAACAAGCGAACCAGAUCCAAGACCUCCGACACCGAUGAAGUCAAAUUUGGAGAACGACGUGCCAUUUCCUAUCUUAUUUCCAGCUAUUGGAAAAUAG